CCGUUUUCAAAUUAGUACCGAUUUUUGGUCGCUCGUUUGUUUUUCUAAUUAAACAAUAACAACAACAAAAAAUCUAGUGAAAAAUCGAAAAUGCGAUUGUUGGUUAUCCCCUGUUGCUUGGCUGUGUUAGUGGCGUUGACAUCAGCAGAAGCGGAAACGAAGCCAGCUGCUGCUGUAGCCGCCAAUAAUGAGGCAGAGAAGAAGCACGAUGCAAAUGCUGACGCCGCCGAUAAUGGUGAAACGGCCAAGAAUAAACGCGGUUUGCAUGCAUCGCUAGGAGAUUUCGCAUCUUUUGGUGGACACGAAAGCUACGCUCAUGCCGAUUUCGGUCAUGGUGGUCACGAUUUCGGUGGUCAUUAUGACUUCGGACACGGGCACGGACACGGUGGUUUCGGUGGAUUUGAAGGACACGAUUUCGGUGCCAGUCAUCAUCACGAACACGUCAAACAUAUUACCAUUGAAAAGAAAUAUCCAGUUCCAUACACUAUCACCAAACACGUUCCGGUCACAAUCGAGAAGAAAGUCCCAUAUGAAGUCAAAGUACCCAUCCCACAACCGUAUAUCGUCGAAAAGAAAGUGCCGUACAUUGUGAAAGAGUACCAGAAAUACCCAGUCCAUGUUCCACAACCGUAUGAGGUCAUCAAGAAGGUGCCAGUUCAUGUUAAGGUGCCAGUCGAUAAGCCUUAUCCAGUGAAAGUGCAUGUGCCUCAACCAUAUACUGUUGAAAAGAAGGUUCCUGUCCACAUUCAUGUUCCAAUUCCAACCCCAGUCGUUCACGAAACCAGAAUCCCAGUAAAAGUUCCAGUCCACUAUGACGUCCCACGACCAUAUGAAGUUAUCAAGAAGGUUCCAUACACAGUUAAAGUGCCAGUCGACAAACCUUACCCAGUUCCCGUUCCAAAGCCAUACGAGGUAAUUCACGAGAAACCAUAUCCAGUUUACGUUGAAAAGAGGGUCCCAGUCGAAGUGCCCGUCUCUGUUCCAAAACCAUUCCCAGUUAAAGUGGACAAGCCUUACCCAGUGCAUGUGCCUGUGCCAGUUCCAAAACCAUAUGAAGUGAUCAAGAAAGUCCCAUACACUGUGGAAAAGCCAGUCCCAUACGAAGUUAAGGUGCCAAUUGAUAAGCCAUUCCCAGUAUACAAAGAGGUGAAGUUCCCGGUUGUCAAAGAGGUUCCCACCCCAAUCAAGGAAGUUGUUCCAUUCCACAUCAGUGCACCACAUCAUCACGUCGAGGAACAUCAUGGUCAUCACGUCGAGGAACAUCAUGGUCAUCACUUCGAAGACCAUGGUCAUCACUUCGAAGAACAUGGUCAUCACGGAUAUUAGAAAUUUAUCGUAACGCGCAUGCGUAAUGAGAUUGGAAUAUGGCGCAAAAUGUAGUAGUGCUAGCAAACUGUGUCCGAAUAACACUCAACAACAACAACAACUAAACUAAAACAAAAACAUUAGCAACAACAUAACAUCAUCAUUAUUAAAUUUACUUUCUUCUGUAUAUUUUUUUUU